AUGUUCAAAAAGCCACUACCAGCCCUAGCGCUGCUCAUACAUGCCUCGACGCUGACAUUCGCUGCGGAUACUGUUCAAAUUGGAUACUACGCCGGUCUCGUUGGCAACCUUCCCGGACCUGAACCGAGCCUAGGGUGUGGCCUUUGGGCACAGGUAACUGAUGGGCAAACCACAGCCCUAGCAGACUUUGUUUCUAGUGGAGGGGUGCCUUCGGACAGUUGUCCAGCGGCUGAUCUAUCUCUCUUCUGCUCAAGAUGGGGAUGUCCAUUUGUUAUGACUUUCGACCAAGUCCUGGCUCUCACUGUCGAGUCAGAUAACUCCGGCGACAAGUCAAUUACUGUUUCAGCUACCGGUCUUAACGGUCCGACUGCCACAGUAACAUGCCCCUGGUCUAUAGAGACUAUCUCCAAGGAUUCGUCUGGUUCUCUCUAUCAGACGUGGUUGUGUGACCUUAGCGCGCUCGGGUGA